AUGAUUAAUUUUGCUGUCUCUAUAACGUUCUCUGUGCAGGAUGACGAGGAGCAGGGCAAAGGUGAAACAAACCGCCUGCUGGACUCCGGAGAGGACAACGUGACCGAACAAACCCACCACAUCAUCGUCCCCAGCUACGGCGCCUGGUUCGACUACAACUGUAUCCACGAGAUCGAGAGAAGAGCCCUUCCUGAGUUCUUCAACGGCAAAAACAAGUCUAAAACCCCAGAGAUAUACCUGGCCUACCGUAACUUCAUGAUUGACACGUACCGACUGAACCCCCAGGAGUACCUCACCUCCACCUCCUGUCGCAGGAAUCUCACCGGAGACGUGUGCGCCAUCAUGAGGUGA